AUGUCUCCCCCAACGCUGGGUUCUCGAUCCUCCACGACUCUUGGCCACAUCACUCCUACCGUCGACCUGACAUCUCACACCUACCCAUCUACGAAGCCGGCCUUCGCAACGACGGGAUCUUGCUGGACUGCUCCCUUCCGGGACGGUUUACCCACUCCUCCCGGCGACAUGACCGGCGUGGCCUACAAUGCCAUGCCGUCCGCGGCCUACGCAGGAAAAGGACAUGCCAUGCCCUCGCACCUGUACAGUCACUCGCGCCCGCACUAUGAUUCAAUUUCGUCGUCCAUGGUGGCUUCUAUGAAGUCCAAUCAAUCGGAAACUCACUCGGCGCCUGUGAAAGAAGUCCCCGCAACGGAACCCGCCAGCCAGAAGAAGUCGACUGGAACGACGUCAAGCUCGGCACUGCGCAUUCCUUCAUCAAUCAAUAACAGCAAGGGCAGCUUGGCCGAGUUUGCCGCUCAGAUGACUUGCCUCUUCUGGUUUGAGAAGACCUCCAAACUGCAAGACAUUGAAGACCGCCGCCAUCCAGCGCCUUCCCUCGUCUCAGAGGCUAUCCCCACCGUCGGCUUCCAGAAGUGGGUGGCUUCGAUUCUUUCGACUACACAAGUCAGCCAGAACCUGAUUAUCCUGGCCCUCCUCUUCGUCUACCGACUCAAGAAGUUCAACUCCGGCGUGAAGGGAAAGAAGGGCAGUGAAUUCCGGUUGAUGACCGUGGCGUUGAUGCUCGGCAAUAAAUACCUCGACGAUAACACUUACACCAAUAAGACAUGGGCCGAGGUCUCUGGGAUCGCAGUGCAGGAGAUCCACAUCAUGGAGGUCGAGUUCCUCAGCAACAUUCGCUAUGACCUGUUCUGCUCCAAGGAAGAAUGGGCCCAAUGGCACACCAAGCUGGGCCUCUUCAGCGACUACUUCAACCAGGCAUCGAAGCUUCCCGCCGAAGGCGAGAUCCCCGUGAUGCAAGUCUCGCCGCCGCGUCUCCAGGGCCAAUCGCCCUUGUCUAAGCUCCCUUCGCCCCCGAUGGAUCCAUACAGACCACCGUCGCAUCCCUCGUCUCACUGGUACACGCCAUUGUCCGCCCUACCAUACCCUGGUACUUCGCAGCAGGGCGAAGUUGCUGUGGGUGGAACCCGCAAGCGUGGCCGUGAUGACGAAGAUGAGCUUCACCCUGCGAAGCGUGUGGUGAUGACCUCUGCGCACACUGCUCCUUCUUUGGCAAUUCCAUCGUCAAACUUGACCUCCGUGGUCCCUACUCUUCCACCGGUUCUGACACCGACCUCGGCGCCCGUGGGUCAAGUCCCGAUAUUGGGACAUGUUUCCCGUCUUCCACCUCCCAACCUACCUCCUUCCUCCAACCCUAUGCCCCAAUCUAUCCCUUCCACUGCGGUCUCUCAGCUGCCAAUGCCAGUUUCGAUGGGUCAAGUCUACAACCGGACUUCCAACUGGGCCCAGCAAAUGUCAUCUGCUGCCGUUCCCACUACCAUGGCAUCUGGCGUCUACAACACGCCCUCUCUCCCAGAUCUGGGCCGUCACCAAAGCCCAUAUGGAGUCACCUCUGCCACUGUUUCGCCAGCCGUAUCUGCCUACUCUGUGCACACUCCGCAAAAGCAUCUAUCUCCCUCUUACUUCCUCGCCAACCGCAACUCUCCUUACCGACCCGUUCGCUCGGUUCAUACCUUGCUCAUCCCGCCUCCUUCUACCUCCAUGCAGCAGCAGCGCAGUGUUCCCUUCGACCACAUGCACUAUCAGCCGCUGGGUAAAACCUCCGCUGACCGCAAGACCGGGCUGCUACCUUACAUUCACCCGGAGACCUGGACCCAAACCCACUUCCAGCCUCUCUUCCCUCCCACUCAGUUCUCUGGCUAG